ACGUAAACAAAUUAUUUUCCGGUCAUCCAAACAAACUAAACGCGCUCCGUUCGGUGCCGGAAUAAAACAACUUCAACACUCGAAAAAAGGUCAUUUAAAUAAAGGAAAUCGAUUGCUUUUAAAGGAAAAUCACAAAGCGCUCUUCGAAACACUUCGCCCUUACAUCCACUGCCAGCCGAAAACCCUUCAAAUCUCUUUACAAAAAGAUGGUCGCCCCAAACUUUCACUCCCAUCUCGCCCAGGUAGAGGUGUGCGAGGUGCAGUACAACAUACGCGUGCUCAAGAUGAAGGACUCGGUCCUGUUCUACAUCGGCCAGGACAAGGCGGAAACGUUCGACGAGAUGGCGGUAGCGAUGCCGAACGCAAACAACGGCACGGAAGUGGUGGGCACGACCAUUAUCGGCCCACCGGACGGUAGCGGUGCGCAGGAUCUGGCCCAGCGGCUGGCCAAAAGGCUCAAGAAACAGGUGUACCUGAGCCUCGGCUCGUCCGUCCCGAACGAUCGUAUCGUGCGGCCGUCGAUCGAGAAGAAGAUAUUCGACGACAUUAAAAACAAUAUCGAAUGCUUUUGAAGCAGCGCAGGGAUAGCAGCGUAGGAACCGCACGGAAACUGAAUAACAGAGAUGGAGAGAGCCAGAGCCAGAUAAUACUACAACUCCAUUACCUCAAGGGAGAUGAGGGAUCGCUUUUUAUCUCAUACUAGGGCGCGUGAUUUUUUACAUAUAUGCUUGCUAAAGAUGAUUGAUCGGAUUAUUAUGCUGUGCCGUAUAAUAUUUUUUGAAAAUAAAUACAAUCAUAAGAAACGAA